AUGGAACAGUACUUCUAUGUGCCCAACGACGCUUUGAAUGGUACCAGUAGCGAUUAUGACAUUCACCCCGACAAUCGUCAUGUCCCCCAAGAACUUUCUUUUUUCACAGAGCCUUCCUUAGGGAUGCCCUCAGUCGACCCACAUGCCUACCCCUCUCCCUACCCGUCUCCAGCACACCAUGACGCACCAAUGCCUAGAUCCGACCACUUUGAUUCUCGUGGUGUCCAGGAUUUUGCUCAGCAUAAUCCGCCAGUAGAGGCUUACUUUCCCCCGCCGAUCCGAGGUCACGUUUCGCAGCCCGUCUCGGACAACUCGCCUCGGCCUUUGAACCAGGCUACCCAACUAGAGGUUCUGCGGGAGACUCGUCGCAUUCGAGAGCUUGAGCUUCAAAUCGCUGAAGAACAGCGGAGGCACAGCGAAGAACGUCGCAAAGAGCGCGAGGCGGAACUCGCACUAGCAGAGAUUCAUCUUCGCGCUACCUCUGCUCCUCACGUAACGUCAUCGUCUACUCCACAACAGUUUAACUGGCUCAAUCCUUCAAUGGAAGACCUGUUUGGAUUCGGCACGCCCUCGACUCUCGUCCCAUCAACGUCACAGAUCCCUCUUCCCUCAUAUCUUCCCAUGGAAACUUCCACCCUCCACGAGUCUGCGACUUUGAACACCGUUCCUCAGCCAUCAGAAGUCUCUGCGCCCUCUUCCACGAAUCUCGGUGGCAAGAAAAAGACUAUCCGGCUCGUGAAAGAACAUCAGGCGCACUGUGCGUCUUGUCACAAGCUGAUGUGCCAUCUUCAGCUACGCGGCGAGCGUUCCGAGCUGGACGUGCGGUAUGACAUGUCCUAUCAGUGUGACGAGUGUCUUCCCCUUCAGUCGACGCAGUCCAGCCGGAAGAGGACAAAUCAGGUCGAGGACACCGCGCUUCCCACCGUGUGCACUGUCUGCACUCGGGUGCAAGGUCAUGGAGGCUUCAUCGCCCGUGAUAAGGCGCCGCUGAUGUUCACCGUCGAAGUUAUCUGUAUACCAUGUUCAGAGAAAUAUAAACGCAACUGUGGAGGAGGAUCUACAAAAGGCGGUAUAGGCAAAUGGAGGUGUAAGGAGCUAUUUGACGACAAUCGGAAGACAUGUCGCCUUUCGCAUGCUAGGCUUGGUGCACGGGACAUGGAGCUGUCUGUUUGGGAGAUACCACAAGAUGUAGCAGGAAAAAAGGAACUGCCCGCGCUUCAAGAAGCCUGCGAACAAAUGAGGCGAGAGCAUUUUUAUGCCAAGCUCGCGGUUCCAGAGGUCCUCGAGCACCAGGAUGCAAUCCGAACUUUCGCCGACAUUGAAGAAAAGAUAAUUAAGCACGAGUUCCCAGCUCGUCAUCUGUGGACGGAUCCCCCUCAGAGUGCAGGGCAUCAUAUCUAUGUUGCUCUUACCUGGACGAAAGCUCGUGCGCGUCGCGACAAGAGCAAGCCAGAAUGGACGCAGUCAAGCAAGGAGGAAAAGUCCAUGGACGAGUGGGUAGCAUACAACACUCGUCGGUCGAACGUGCUAAUGCCUGCAAACUCGAUUUUGUGCGGAGCAUGGAUCACUGAAUGGGUUGUUCCAGAUCGCACGUUGCUCAUGGGAACGAUAUUGCCGUUCGACUACGGCGAUGUCGAAGAUCGCAGCACCUUCUCUUACGGCGAAAUUCUCCAACGCAUACUGAACGAAAUCAUGCAGCACAAUGCUGACUUCCCGAACGACCCAUGGCAUCCUCCAGAACAUCUCUGGGCUGCCAUCAAGUCAAGUCCGUAUACCCUCCGACAGCGGCUGAUGGAAACGCUCAAGCGGCGAUUGGGCUUUAUUCCCAUCGAGGAAUACCUUACACGCUACCCUGACACAACGCGCCGCAUGUUCAGCGCAGAAGCUUCCAGUAUCGCGCGAUCUGUGGAUAGGCGUCUCGUUGUAGAUGAGGAGUUGAGUGUGAUGGCAAGGUACCUGGGCAAGGCGAUCACCCUGGAAGGUCUCGAGAGGAUGAGAGCAAGACAUCUCAACAAGAUACCAAGGAUCAUGGAGGCUGCCAGUUCUGAGUAGCACGAGUUGGUCGUGCCCGAAAACAAAUAUUUAUUCGACUAGGAUCAUAUUAGCAGGACUCGACCCUGCCUUGUCAUAUAUGCUGUUGUCAAUAUAUUACAGAACCCCGACCUCGAUAGUGUC